UUGCACCUGAUUGGCUGAUCUGCGCGCGUCCAGAGAGGAGUUCAAACAACCCCGGCUCUCUUCCAAUAUGGCGGCGCUGUGUGUACCUGGUGUUGCAAGAAGAGGAUUGACGUGGCUGUUCACAGGGGCGGCACGUAGAGAGUAUUGGUCUCAAUCCAGAAAAGAGAAAGAACCAGUGGUCAAUGAGACAGAAGAAGUGAAAAAAGAACCUCUCCUGGUUUGUCCACCUUUACGAAGCCGAACAUACAUACCACCUGAAGAUCUCCAGAGUCGUUUGGAAUCUCAUAUUAAAGAAAUUUUUGGUUCAUCUUUUCCUAGUAAUUGGCAAGACAUCUCCCUAGAAGAUUGUCAUAUGAAGUUCAGUCUCUUGGCACAUCUAGCUGAUGACUUGGGCCAUGCAGUGCCUAACUCCAGGCUUCACCAGAUGUGCAGUGUCAGAGAUGUUCUUGAUUUCUAUAAUGUUCCUGUUCAAGACAGGUCUAAAUUUGAUGAACUUAUUGCUAGUAAUUUGCCUCCCAAUUUGAAAAUCACCUGGGGUUACUAAUCAAUUCAGAGGAUGAAUGCAUAACUUACAGAAGUAUUUUUCUUCAGAGAACAUUAAUUGGGUUUAAGAUAGGAAGCCAUCACAAGUUCAGAUGUUAGUCUUCAUAGGCAUAAAGCAGAAAUUGCAAGAAAAUGUUCAAUGCUAUUAGGAGUCUUUAAGAUGGAACUAUGUAUAGUCCAUAUACAGAUAAGGAAACUUGUAUUAGAUUAGAUAUUAAUAAAAGAAAAAAGUCUUUGUUGUAUACUAUUGAAAGUUAUUUCACGUUUGCUCUACUACAUGAGUACAAAUAGUAGGGAAUAUAUUCAAUUCUGGAUUAAUUUCUUGGAAUUAAAGAUUUCUUGAAGAAUA